AUGGCCAGGAUUAAGAAUUUUGUUGCAUUUGGUUCAGGAAGGAUCAUCACACCGUCUGUUCACAUUGCAAAGGAAGGGAAGCUGAGCUAUAUUGUAAAACGGUAUCUCGAGUGUCUGAGCUGGAGAUGCAUUUUGGGAAGUUGUGGACACAGUGUCAGGAGUGCCAAGGUUCACUUCAUCAAGAUAUUCUCUGCACAAGUCGGGAUUGUCCAAUCUUUUAUCGACGAAAGAAGGCACAGAAAGAAAUGUCUGAAGCACAAUCACAAUUGGACCGGUGGAGCUUUUAAGUUUGGUCAAGAAUUUGACCUUGUGGGUCCCGAAGGUCAAUCGACAAAACCUGUUGGUGUUCCCCACAAUCCUGACAUUAUUGUGAGAGUAAGCCCACAAAUGAAUACUGAAAUGAUGAUAAGCUUAGAUAUCGGAUGACAUCAACCUGAUUAUGCAGUAAUUGCUGGGCUAUUUUGAUAUUCAUAUUUUUAAUAUUUUUAAUUCUAGGAAUAUUGAAAUUAGUGUUUACUAUAUAUUAUGAGGAGAUGCCAAUGAGAAGAGAUUAUGGAUGUUUUAGCUAGAAAGAUGGUGGUAUGGUGGUGUGGUGGCCGUUCUAAAACGAUCAUUUGAGUGGGCUGUACAAACAGUAACUGAUGCGUGCUCUGAUAAGUCAGUGAGUUUUAUUUUGUA